CUGACUGUGAUUUUCAAACUCCCCUGCUUGUGUUGUUUUUCUGUGCAUUCAUCUGCUCUCAUUCUUCCCUCCCGCCAGUCUGAAAGUGUUCUGCUCGCUGUUUAUGGUCUCUCUGUGACGGAGGUCACCACCACACAGAGAGAAGAGAAAAGGAAAUGGGAAGGCAGUGUCUUUCUUGUCUUUGUGGCAUGUGAGAAACGUACAGUACUUGUUCUUGGUUCUGUGUGAUACGGUGUGUUGAAUGAGGGAUUGAUUUAUUGUUUCAUUUGCUGUCCGGGUGCAAACACUGUUGCUGACUUAACGGAGAUGAUGUCUAAUUACAAGCGUGCGACGUUUGAGGAGGAGGACGGGACAGAUAUCCCUGCAGAUGGAGCCAUCUCUCCUGACAGUGUGGAGGUGGGAUUCCGUAAGGGUGGUAUUCAGCUGUUUGGUCCACUGGGCAGGAGGACUCAACUGGAAGUAGUGUUGGCCGGACUGCUUCUCGCUUCACUUCUAGCUCUGUUUGGCUGUGCGAUCACACUGGGAGUCCGCUAUAACAGAGAUCCCGCCCGUAGUAUCUGUCUAACAGAAGCGUGUGUAACUGUGGCCAGUAAGAUCGUGGAAGCUCUGGACCGCUCCACUGACCCAUGUCAGGAUUUUUACCAGUACGCCUGUGGAGGAUGGGUCCGCAAAAACCCCCUGCCAGAUGGUCGGUCCCGCUGGAGCACAUUUAACAGCAUCUGGGACCAGAACCAGGCUGUGCUCAAACACCUGCUGGAAAAUGGCACCUUUAACUCAAGCAGUGAAGCAGAGAGGAAGACGCAGUCCUACUACCUUUCCUGUCUUAAUGAACAGCGAAUAGAAGAGCUUGGAGCCCAACCACUCAUCGACUUGAUUGCAAAGAUAGGAGGCUGGAAUAUCACAGAGUCCUGGGACAAAGACAACUUUCUGGAUGUUUUAAAGAUAGUUUCUGGACCUUACAGAGCUCAGCCCUUCUUCACUGUCGGUGUCAGCGUUGAUCCCAAAAACUCCAACAGUAAUGUCAUUCAGGUUGACCAAUCAGGACUCUUCCUCCCAUCCCGAGAUUAUUACCUCAAUAAGACCAAUGAGAAGGUGUUGAAGGCUUACCUGGAUUACAUGGUCGAGUUGGGAUUGUUGUUGGGAGGAGACAAGAAUUCCACUCGAGUUCAGAUGCAGCAGAUUUUGGACUUCGAGACGGCACUGGCUAACAUCACAGUGCCUCAGGACGAGCGGCGGGACGAGGAGAAGAUCUACCACAAGAUAACCAUAGCUGAUCUGCAGGUGUUGGCUCCGGCAGUUGAAUGGUUGGAUUAUCUGAACUUCGUCCUGUCACCGCUGGAGCUGAACGACACUGAGCCUGUGGUGGUCUACGCUAAAGAAUACCUGCAACAAGUUUCGGAUCUCAUCAACAAGACGGACCACAGUCUUUUGAAUAAUUACAUGAUCUGGAAUCUGGUUCAGAAAGGAGCGUCCAGUCUGGACCAGCGCUUUGAGAACGCUCAGGAUAAGCUGCUGGAGAGCCUCUACGGCACUAAGAAGUCCUGUACUCCACGCUGGCAGACGUGCAUUGGAAAUGCAGAUGACACUCUGGGUUUUGCAUUGGGUGCUCUUUUCGUCAAAGCCACUUUCGACAAACAGAGCAAAGAAAUAGCGGAGGGGAUGAUAGAUGAAAUCCGCACAGCUUUCAAAGACGCGCUGGAUGAUUUGAACUGGAUGGAUGAACAGACCCGACAAGCUGCCAAGGACAAGGCGGAUGCCAUCUAUGACAUGAUCGGAUUUCCAGACUUCAUCCUGGACUCCAAAGAGCUUGAUGAUGUGUAUGAUGGGUAUGAGGUUACAGAAGAUAACUUCUUCCAGAAUAUGAUCAACUUCUAUAACUUCUCAGCACGAGUGAUGGCAGACCAGCUGCGCAAGCCGCCCAACAGAGACCAAUGGAGUAUGACUCCACCCACGGUGAACGCAUACUACAUGCCCACCAAGAACGGGAUUGUCUUCCCCGCCGGCAUCUUACAGGCCCCCUUCUACGCCCAGGAUCACCCCAAAGCUUUAAACUUUGGUGGCAUUGGAGUGGUGAUGGGACAUGAGUUAACACAUGCCUUCGAUGACCAAGGCAGAGAGUAUGACAAAGAUGGAAACCUUCGGCCGUGGUGGCAGAACUCCUCGGUGGACGCGUUUAAGAACCGCACCGAGUGCAUGAUCGAUCAGUACACUCAGUACACCAUCAACGGAGAGCACAUCAACGGCAAACAGACGCUGGGAGAAAACAUUGCAGACAACGGCGGCCUGAAAGCUGCCUAUCAUGCGUAUCGCUCAUGGGUGCAGAAGAAUGGUGAAGAGAAGAGACUCCCAGCUGUCAAUCUGACAAACGACCAGCUCUUCUUCGUAGGUUUUGCACAGGUGUGGUGUUCAGUCCGAACGCCAGAAAGCGCUCACGAGGGCCUGAUGACGGACCCUCACAGCCCUCCCAAAUACCGCGUAAUCGGCACUCUGUCCAACUCGCCCGACUUCACAGAGCACUUCCAGUGUCCGCUGGGCUCCCCCAUGAACUCAGGCCACCGCUGCGUGGUGUGGUAGGACCGUCACCCGCCAGACACAGACCAGCCUUUCUGGCUCUUUCUCAAGCACUCUUUUUUUAUUUGUGUGCUCAGAGUUAUUUGAGGAGUUGGGCUGAAAGCAGGAGGAGGAAGCGAGCAUCUGCCAACGUUGAUGUUGUCCAGUGUUUGGAUCGACCCAUAUCAAAUUCUUCUCCACCGCCACAUCAGACUCUCUUUAUUUAUUUGUUCACUGACCUUGGGGGACAUUAAGGGUCCCACCUUGAGGCGUCCCACGCUUACAUGUGUGUGUGUGUGUGUGCUUCAUACCUUGAUUUACAACAAGCCUGAUUCCUCGUCUUCUGAUCUGGAAGAUGUGAGCACUGUGAUGCUGCUGGGAACGCCUCUCCGUGACCUCACAGGAAAUGUUUGGAUCCAUCUGUGAUGACUUCACAGGAAGCUUCAUGUUCUCACAGUGACCUCACAGGAAGUGCUGAGCUACAUCUGUGACCCCCCACAGGAAGGAAGAGCUUUCAAGGAUGAAAGCCUAUUUCCCAAUUGGGAUUUCAAAGAAACGCUAUUAAACGACAGGGAGAGCCACUGUUUGUUCAUCCGUCCUGUGUAUCAUGAUUUGAUCUUGACAAAGUUGAAAUGAAAUGGUCAUUUUAAACUGCUCUUUGCCAAAGAACAAUUUUAGGUUUGUUCCUUGUGUAAGUGAACGUGGAAAUUCGCACUGCUUCGCCUUCAGUAACUUCAUAAUUCCACUGUGUUUUGUGAUGUUGACUUGCGUGUGAAGGAUGUAUUUCCGUCUCCAUGUCGUGCUGAACUUUGUCAGUUCUGCUGAAGUGCUGUCAUGUUACGUUCUGAAAACCACUAAAAGGGUGAAUCUCACCAAUGUUUGAGUCAUAUUUCACUCCAAAGUUAAUAGAUUAUUAUUAUUUGUGUAAAAUUUUUUAGAUUAGAUUCAAGUUUUUAGAACUAUUAAGAAUUUCCCCACACUAUUUCAUGACAAUUUAGCACAUUAUUCCACCAAAUUCAUUACAUUAUACAG